UGACACUGCUGCUUAUGAGGAGCGAGGACAAUAUUCUACACACACGCAGCAGCAACGACACAUACACAUACACACAGAAGAGGAGGAGAAUGUGAGUGUGUGUUCGCAGCAGUAACUCUGUGUGUGUGUGUGUGUGUGUGGAGGGGGGAGGAGGAGGAGGAGGAGGAGGAAGACUCGGCUCUUCUCGCACCUGUCCUCUCUGUCUCCAAACGGAACAGUCGCGCAGUUUUUGGAGCGCGAGCGACGCUUUUUUUUUUUCUUUUUACACACAUUUACACACACACACACACACACACACACACACACUCACAGUGUCGCCACAGACACCACCAGCAGCAGCAGCAUGACUUCGUCCUACAGCCUGGAUUUCCUGCCUGAGAUGAUGGUGGAGAGUCGCCUGCUCGUCCCCGCGGACAGACUUAACGGCACGGCCGGGAAGAUGAACGGCGCGCUGGAGCAUUCGGACCAACCGGACCCGGACGCCAUCAAGAUGUUUGUGGGCCAGAUUCCGCGCUCCUGGUCAGAGAAGGAGCUGAAGGAGCUGUUUGAGCCGUACGGAGCCGUUUACCAGAUCAACAUCCUCCGAGAUCGCAGCCAGAACCCUCCACAGAGCAAAGGAUGCUGUUUUGUCACGUUUUAUACGAGGAAAGCCGCCCUUGAAGCCCAGAAUGCACUGCACAACAUAAAGACCUUAACAGGGAUGCAUCACCCGAUUCAAAUGAAACCUGCAGACAGUGAGAAAUCUAACGCGGUAGAAGACAGGAAGUUGUUUAUCGGCAUGGUGUCGAAGAAGUGCAACGAGAACGACAUCCGGGUCAUGUUCUCGGCGUUCGGACAGAUCGAAGAGUGUCGGAUCCUGCGAGGACCCGACGGACUCAGCAGAGGAUGUGCGUUUGUCACGUUUUCCACCAGAGCGAUGGCACAGAACGCGAUCAAAGCCAUGCAUCAGUCUCAGACGAUGGAGGGAUGCUCGUCUCCCAUCGUGGUGAAGUUCGCCGACACACAGAAGGACAAGGAGCAGCGGCGUCUGCAGCAGCAGCUGGCGCAGCAGAUGCAGCAGCUCAACAGCGCCACCACCUGGGGGAGCCUGACCGGCCUGGGCGGCCUGACCCCACAGUAUCUGGCUGUAAGGAGCGCCGCCACGCCGCCCACCAUCACCACCUCCUCCUCCUCCGCCCCUUACUACAGCCCAGUGGCCAACGCCGCCGCCGCACUGCUCCAGCAGGCGACCUCCUCCGGAAACCUGGGAGCCUUCAGCGGGAUCCAGCAGAUGGCCGGUAUGAGCGCUCUGCAGUUGCAGAAUCUGGCCACUUUAGCGGCGGCGGCGGCGGCGGCCCAAAACUCAGCCAGCCCCUCCAACGCAAACCCCCUGUCCUCCAGCGCCGCCUCCCUGGGAGCGUUGGCCAGCCCAGUAGCAGGCACCACGGGCAACUCUAACGCCAGCGCCAUGAACUCUCUGACCUCUCUGGGCACCCUGCAGGGCCUGGCCGGCGCCACCGUGGGCCUGAACAACAUUAAUGCACUAGCAGGUAGCGUCAACAUUGCUCAAAUGCUCUCAGGUAUGGCGGCUCUAAACGGAGGCCUGGGCGGCGCCGGGCUGACCAACGGCACGGCGGGCACCAUGGACGCUCUGACGCAGGCUUACUCAGGGAUCCAGCAGUACGCCGCCGCAGCGCUGCCCACCCUCUACAGCCAGUCACUGCUGCAGCAGCAGGGGGCUGCAGGCAGCCAGAAAGAGGGUCCUGAAGGUGCCAACCUGUUCAUCUACCACCUGCCGCAGGAGUUCGGAGACCAGGACAUCCUGCAGAUGUUCAUGCCUUUCGGGAACGUGGUCUCCGCCAAAGUCUUCAUCGACAAACAGACAAACCUUAGCAAGUGCUUCGGCUUCGUCAGCUACGAUAAUCCCGUGUCGGCGCAGGCAGCCAUCCAGGCCAUGAACGGCUUCCAGAUCGGAAUGAAGCGGCUGAAGGUUCAGCUCAAACGCUCCAAGAACGACAGCAAACCGUACUGAUGUUAGCGUUAGCGUCUUUCUGCUGCACACGUUAGCUCUGCUAGGAACAAACCAUCUCCAUGCCUGUUAGCUCAUCGUUUGCCUAGCAUGUCUCCGUCUCCGUGGCGUCCAAACAAACAAACAAACAAACAAACAAACAAACUUUACACAAAGACACAAAAAUAAACCCCGCCCCCCUCACCACCUCCACAACAACAAAAACAAACAAAGUGUCGCCAUCGUCGUGGUUUUUUUUCCGAGAUCACCUGCUCAUAACCUGGCUCCGCCUCCUCCUCCUUUGUCGCCGCCCACUCACCUUUUUUGGAUUUAACCUUUUUUUCUUUCUUUUGUGUUUUUUUUUUCUUGCAUGUGACCUCAUUUUGAAUCUGUUUUGUGGGAGGGGUUUUCAGGGAGGGGGCGGGGCCAAGGGAGAAAACAGAAUCAAUGUGAAAAAUAAAGAUUUAAAAGCCACAUUCGUACGAAGAAAAAAAAACACACAAAAAACUAAAGACUGAGAUUUUUACGGAGAAAUAUUUGUUGUUUUUUUGGAGAAAGAAAAAAAAAGUGACUUCCAUUCAGUAUUGAUUUUUACUUUUCUUCUUCUUCUUCUUUGUUUUCUUUUUUUUCGUCUUCAUUUAAAGUAAACUUGAAAGUUCGCGACGGGAAUUGGCGCGUGGCCUCGCUUCUGGCGCCCGACGACAAACAAACAAACAAACAAACAAACAAACAAACAGGAAACAGAGGGCGGGGCCAGAAGCGCCGUGCACCAGUUUCCCGGAGAAAAUAAGACUACUUCCGCACAGUUUUGAAUAAAAACUGUCUGAUCAAUAUUAGACUCUCUCUCUCUCUCAGAGCGCUCUAAUGGUUUUUACAUUUUUCAGGCAGUGUAAAGUUUUUUGAUAAGGCCAUUUUAAGUGGCUCUGUUUCUCAUUCAAAGUCUAUAUAUAGAACCACUUUUUUCUAGAGUAGUUUCAAGGUAAAAACGACAAAAAAAAACAAAUAAAUAAGAGACAUUUGCCCUGUUUGAGGGGGGAGAAAUGCUACCUAACCUGUGUCACCUUUUGCUGAACUGACUCACAGACAGACAGACAAUCCGUGGUUUAAAUGCACAUGAUGAUGAAAUGACCUAUAUUUUCUACUGUUUAAAUGUAUAGAGGAAAAACAAAGAGGAAAAAAAAACAAACGAGUAAAAAAACCAACUACGAUUUACCUGUAACCCGCGUUAACGUCGGUGCUUCUCGUGAGUUUAGUCUUAAAUGUCAUGUUUUCUCCACAGAAGACGUAAAAAAAUCAGUUUACUUGAACAAUAGACAAAAAGCCUUUCGUAGAAAAAACACUUUCUUAUUUUUACUUUUUUUUAAGGAGUCCCUAUUUGCUAAUUGUUUUUGUUUUGUUUGUUGGUUCAUUAUUAGCUUCUAUGAAAUUCCUAAAAAAAAAUAUAUAAAUAUAAAUCUAUAUCUAUAUCUAUAUAUAUACAUACAUAUAUAUAUAUAUGAAAAUGUCAGCUUGUGAAGCAUCAAUGUCAUUAUGAUUUUAGAUUUUUUUUUUAUUCUCUCGUGGGAAACAAUAUUUAGGUGUGUUUUUGUUGUUUGGGCAAAAAAUGUCUUAAAAUAAAUGAAAAUAAUAAUAAUAAGAAAAAAAAAAGGAGAAUCCGUGGAGUUUAGUGCCAAAUCCUGAAGGUACUUCCUGCCGAGCGUCCGUGUAUUUCUUGUGAAAAUGAUUUGAUAACAUGGGUAUUUUAUUAUUAAGUGUUUUGUAUGGAUCCUCAUAUUUAAAACAAACAAAAAAACUAUAGAUUUAAAAAAAAGAGUUUGUUAACUUGCUAUUCUGUGGUCUUGUUGCCUGAAAAAUGUCAAUGUUUGCUUUUAUUUUUCCUGUUUUUUCUUUGUAAAGAUGUAAAAAAAAAAUGUGUCACAUAUAUAUAUAUGAAUAUAUAUCUAUACACACACGCACACACACACACACACAUGGACACACGCGCGCCUCACAGUUUACUUUGUUGUUGUGCGCGAGAGCCUCUGAGCCGACCACGCCUCGACAGCGACCGCUGCGGCCCGCCUCCGCGCACACACGCGCACACACACGCACACACACACACACGCGCACACACGUACGAGGAUCACGCACUGAUAUUUUUAGCCAUUGUACAGCCGUUUACUCAUCAAAGCCUUACCACAGAUCUUUGCACUGCUGUUCUCUCGAUGUAUCGCACACACACACACACACACACACACACACACACACACGUGUCAGGCUUCAGUGUUUGUGGUUUUAUUUCCUUCUUUUCUCUGAGAGUUCGUACGCGAAGCCUUAUUCUCUCCAGACUUCUCUUAUUUCUUUGUGUGUGUGUGGGGGUGAGAAACCUCCUGAUUUGUAGCCGGCGGGCGUUUGUCGCGUUUGUCGCGUUUGUCGCGAUCAUUAACUUCUCAGACGACGUCGGCUUUCAUGAUGUAAGCACAGAGCAAGACGCGUUUGCUCGUCCACAAACACGCCGCCGUUCUGUUUGAGGAAAAAGAAAAAAAAAGCACAUCGUUGCGGGAAAGUCGCGAUAAAAGUCGCGAUAAAAGCUACGUUUGAUUUAAACCUCGUUUUUCUUCACGUGUGAGUCUCGUGGGCCAAAACAAAAUCACGUUCAGAUGCCAAAGUGUGUUCUUUCUUCACAGUCGAGCCGUUUACAUGGCACAGCGUUGUCACGAGUCAAUUCAGCUGACCCCGCCCCCAAACCCCUCGUUCUCCUCCUCCCAAAACGCCGCCUCGUUUACGGUCUGCAAAAAAAAAAGCAGCAUUAUUUUCUACUGAAGCUCACCAGUCGCCUUAACCAGUGUUAGCGGAGGAGACGUCCGUCCGUCCGUCCGUCCGUCCGUCCAGGUUCCACUUCCGUGUACAGUCACACUCUGGAUUUUUCCGCCAUUUCAUCAUCUGGAGUGUAGUUUCCUGUUGAUGAAGAAGAAGAUGAAGAAGAGGAGAGAAAACAAAGCGCUCUCCGCCUGGUUGUUGUCUCCCAGGCUAACCGGGGUUAUUAGAACCGCGGCCGCGUGCGGGGGGAGGCGUCUUAUUGGAAGAGCGACAGGGGAAAUAAAGCGCUCGUCGUUGGUCGGGGUGAAGGAAGGGUCGCGGCGGCCGGAAACAAAAACAACAACGCCAGAGACGAGACCGAGGCAAUACCGGCUUUCAUUAUCGUCUCCAAGACCAAAAGUUUUUAUCAUCUCAUGAAGGGAGGCUCCAAGACUUUACCACACACACACACACACACAAGCAGUGCCAUAAUCACCAGCGGCGCCUGCAGUUCGGACUUUCUCCACACGAGCUUCAGCGGACGUCGGAGCGCGAGGGUACGGGAAUUCUCCAGGUUAAAACUCAGCCGUUCACCUCUGUAGAUGUAAUAUAUGCUAAACCUGUGGUUCUCAAACUGUGGUACGAGGGUUCCCUCGGGUACUCGAUGGCGAGAGAAUGAAUCUGCUCGCUCUGUUUACGCCGCUGUAAGCUAACGUUAUAUUUUCCUCCGCUGGUUCUCGUGUAAAAGAGUUUGAGAGGCGCUGAACAACGACGACACGUAAAUCAGACAAUCGUCGUUUUAUCGUAAAAGUGGUGGAUAGCCUGAGGCACGCUAACGGGCUAACAGGCUAACGUUUUACCGGCUCUUCAGAGAUCCAGAGGAAGAACAAACACAAGCAACAGAUUUAAUCACGGACUCAGACUAGAUUUACACACUGCCGCAUUGCUAAUGCUAACGUAAGGUUACCAGAUUGUAAAGAUGAAUUUGAACAACAAUAAUAAUAAUAAUAAUAAUACUAAUGAUGAUGAUAAUAAUAAUACUAAUAAUAAUGAUAAUAAUAAUAAUAAUAACAACAAUAAUGUCCUCUCCACCUGUUUACAAGCGCAGUUACGUUCAGCCAGAGAAGUUUCACGAUAUAUCGGUUGAUAUGUCCGUGGGUUUAAAAUGACAUGUUUGCUCAGUAUUUGCGUUUCACGGAAUCCGCGCUACGUGACGGACGUCUGGAGCUCUUGAGAGGGUGAACACGCGCAGAGCUACCGCUCAUCUGUGGCUAAUGCGAGAGCUAGCUACGUGUUUCACUUUUACUCUGAACCCCUUUCGUCCGUGUUGUUCUUUUGGGAGAAUGUCGGAUCGCGUCUCAUGCCCGGAGCGACUGACACUUGUCGUGUUUGUUUUAAAUUCUGGAGAAAAUCCGUACCCGAUCUUUCGCAGAUUUCCCGUCAGAAAUCGGUUUGGGGAAAGACCCGGACGAAGAGGCGUCGCAGACCAAUCCAGUUUUCUGCGUCGCUUUCAUGUCGGAGAACAAAGUAAUUGCACAAGUCGUCGCCUCACAACUCUCGCACAACUUUUCUUCGUUGAAUGUGGAGGCUAGCCGCCAAGUAGCCGCCAUUUUAGGUGUCCCGUUAAAACAGGAAGAGGAAGAAGCUGCCAAAUGGCGGUGAGUUGCACACGGCCUUUCGUCUUUGUCUGGACGUGGAAGCACAAGCGGGUCGCAGACGCGGGGUUUCCGUGGAGCGCCUCGGCUCAGGGGCUGUCGCCGCCGAUGCUCGUCGUAAAUCUCUCUCUAUCUCGUCACUGUUUCACUUCUCUGUUCUCCUGCUUUUCUUAAUUAUCUUAAGUGCUAUUUAUCAAAUGAAACAAUGAAAUCAGAAAGAACAAAAAAAACACGUUGAACUUGUUGUUUCUUUGCAUUAUGGCUUAUGUCAAAAAGAAAUGUUUCGUGUGUUUCCGUGCCGUAAAAAAAAAGCUUGUUGUCUGUAGAAAUGAUUUUUCCUUUUUCUUCUUCUUCUUCUUCUUGUUGUUGUUUUUCUCUGUUUCUUUUCGAUUCUCAGAGUUUUCUUUUUUGUUUUCCAGUAGUUUAAAGAGUUCUUGUCUCGAGAGAAGCCAAAGUUGAUGCAUUUCAGUGGAUCCUGUGAGUGUGAUGUAUGUUUGUUUGACAACACGUGGAGAAAAUCUGUCACUGGACGGGAUUUAAAAAGUACAAAAAAAUGCAGGCUUUCCUAUUUCUACAACUGAUUGUACUUAUGCAUUUUGUACCAGUGGAAUUUUUUAUACUGGAGAUUAAAGGAUACAACAAAAACAUCUUAGACAAACCCGCGUCUGGCCUUGUGGUGUGGCCUGACCCCGACUGACCCCGACUAUGAUUUCUAGCUGGCAUCGAGAAAAGUUGGCUUUUGAUAACAAGAUUUUCUAGAAGAUCUUUGGCUUUAUUUCUUUCACUUCUUUUUCCUCACUGGAGUGUUGUUUCCUUCUUUCUUUCUUUCUUUCUUUCUUCAGAGAGUAGGUGAGUGUCAGAGAUUUUCUUUCUUUCUUUCUUUUAUCUUUUUGCUUUAUAAAUAGUUGAAAUAGCGAGUUUUUGUCGAUACAACCGCGCUAAGUUUCAUUUUGACUUCUGUAUUUGUGCCGUCUAACACGAUAAGACAAUUAUUAGAAAAAGAAGGAAUAGAAAUAUUUAGUCACCUUCAGUGGAUUAAUGUAUUAGUUUAAUAAAGAGAUCAGCUCCUUAGAAAAGUUCUUUAUUUUUUGAUUUUUGACCUUUUUUUGUUGGGUUGCUCUUAGCUGUUUGGAUUUUGCGGUUUCUCUGUCCUUCUCUGUGAACUAACUGUGUAGCUGAAGCAGUCAGAGUUAUUUUUGUAAACGUAUGUUCUUGUGUGAUGCAGUUUUUUGCUUCUGUCUCCUAUAUUAAACCAUUUUUCCUAAUA